ACGACGGCGGUUGCUGCGGAAGUCGACCCCAACGAAGGCGGAUCCUCCUCAACAUCCCAGGCUCCUCCUCCUUCAGGUUCAGGAAUUAUCUUGCAGGUUCAGGAAUUAUCUUUGUAGGCUCUCCAGACACAACAAUAAUCUUCAGACUCACACCACUAGUUGAACAGCAGCAGUAGCAAUACGGGCGGGGCAGACUCACCAGCACCAGUACGAGUAGAGUCGGGGCAAGAGAAAGGGAAGAAGCAUCAUCAGAGGUCCACGUCGGCGUUGUCCACCAGCAGUGGCAACAUCAGAGGCGGGAGUGGCCGGAAUUGUCCAUGGCGCCGGCGGCCGAAGCGGACGAAGUCAGAGGCGCAGGUUUGUGGCCGUGGGCGGCGAAGGUGGUUGCGCAGGUGGGCGACCGUGUGAAGCAAGAUUCAAUGGGGCCGGCGGCGCAGCUCGAGGCGGGCGCCAGCGCAGGUUGCCUUCCGGCGGGCGCCGCAGGUGGGAAGCCUCGGCGGAGGUCCAGGCGGGCGGCGGUGCUGGUGUUGGUCGCGGCGCAGGUCCAGGCGGGCGGCGACGCAGGUGGGAAGCCAACGAUGACUGCGAGGCGCGGGCGACGGGGGAGCACGAAGGAAGAAGAUGGUGUUAUUCGUGACGGGUUUAAAACUCUGAGGGUUUUUUUGCAAAAAUAUAAAUACACUGUGCCGUGGACAACUUUUUCCGGACGGAGGGAAUAUUUUACAAGUUUGUGCACCAAACUGACCAUCACGUGCAAGUUCUAAGACUCCUAGUGAAUUUACCUCUAUUAAAAAAUAUUAACAUCUAUAACAUCUAAUAAAU